GUUCCUGCAAGGCAUAGAAGACAUGAUCAAUAUACCAGCAGAGGGUACCUUAGGAGUGUGGCGUGGGGUUGACACUAGGACGUCUCCAUCACUUAGCUUGCAACCAUCUAUUGCUGGUGGUGGGACCGGAAUAGACAAUCAUCCAGUCAAUAAGGUCGGGUCGCUGGAAGAGCUAAUGAACAAGCCGUUGGUAGGAGCCACUCAAGUAGGUCCUAUAAUUCACACUGCAAGUUUGCCAUUAUCAAUUGCUGAUCAUAUUAUCAAUUGCUGAUCAUAUUGGAGUCCAUGGUUGUGCAGCUUCUAGCAGUGGUGCUAAGAAUGGUUUUAAAAGCGCUGCAGGAGCUCCCACGGGAGCUCUUUCUAUCGAUUCCAUGCAAUAACCAUCAAUUCCUGGCACUAGUGGCGGUGCACUUAUUAUCCCAGUUCAAAUCCUAGCAGCAACGACGAUAACGUCUUUGAUCUGGAAGACCUAUUCCCAUCCAAGAUCAUAUAAUUGGUUUUGGAAAAUAAGAAUCUAUCGUUUAUAGUGGUAAAUCAUAAUCUGUAGCUGGUUUCACUAGAGUGACUACUGCUUUGUUUCGGAUGAGCCAAUGCUGCAGGGGCCUUUUACUUCACAAACUCUCAUGCCAUUAUGCGUUCCUAACCCAGACGGUUCAGUUGCAGCAUUGUUUUAUCGUCACAUCCUUCUACAGAAAACCUAUCACCAUUGCCAACAACUGCCCUCCACUCAGGAAGUCUGAGAUAGAGUAUUAUGCUAUAUUGGCCAAGGUUGGAGUCCACCACUACAACGGAAACAAUGUAGAUUUGGGGACAGCUUGUGGUAAAUACUACAGGGUCUGUUGUCUCAGCAUCAUUGACCCCGGUGAUUCUGACAUCAUUAAGAGCAUGCCUGGUGACCAAUGGGGAUGCAUGCCAUUCUGAAUCUUGGAAAAUUGCCCAUUGUCUUUUCUAUAAGAAUAGCUAAUGUAGAUGAUAAUUUUACUUUAUUGUGGUAACUAGCAAGAUAUUGUUGAUGGUAUUGGAAUAAAGUUUUUUGUAUGAGCUAGUAAAUUUACUUC